GGUGCCAUCGGUGUCACCCGCGGCGCUCCCGUGUCCCCGUCCCCGUUGCCCUUUUAAGCCGCCCCGGUGGGCCCCACUUUGGCACCAUCGCCCCUUUAAGCUCCGCUCCCUCUUCCGCCCAUACCGGAAGCGGAAGUAGCGGCGAACCGGGACCGGCGCCGCCAUGGCGGCGGCGCUGGAGAAGGACGCGGAGCUGGACCGGAGAAUCGCCGCCCUGCGCAGGAAGAACGAGGCGCUGGUGCGGCGCUACCAGGAGAUCGAGGAGGAUCGGCGGCGGGCGGAGCGCGAGGGGGGGGCUGUGACCGCCCGGCCCCCCCGGCGGGGGGGGGACAGAGACCCCCCGGGACCCCCCGGGGACCAGCCCAAGGAGAAGAAGCCCCCGGGCCCCCCCCGGAUUUCGGGGCGCCCCCCGCGGGGGGGUGGGGGAGGGGCCGGGGGGUCACGACCCCGCGGGAGGGGGGGAGGGGCGGGGGGGGGCGACGGCGGCGACCGAAAAUCCCAGGAGUGGGAGCAGCGGCGGCUGCAGAACAUCGAGCAGAUGAACGAGGAGAUGGAGAAAAUCGCUGAGUACGAGCGCGGCCGCAGGGAGGGGCUCCCGGAGCGGAACCCGGUGCGGAACUUUCUGGACGAUCCGCGGCGCUGCGGCCCCGAGCCCGGGGGGGGGGCCCGGGGGGGGCCCCCGGCGGCACCAGCGCAACUGGGGGGGCCCCGACUUCGGCAAGGCCGCGGCCCGGCGGGGGGCUGCCCGGGCGGGGGUCUCUCCGCCGCUGGACCCGACGCUGUGGAUGACGGGGCGGCAGCGGGCGGAGUACGAGCGCUGGAAACGGGAACGGGAACGGAUCGACCGCGAGCGGCUGCAGCGGCACCGCGACCCCCGCGGCGCCUGGAGACGGGAGUGGGACGCACAGAAACCCGACGGCAUGUUCUCGGGGGUCCCGGAGGAGCCCGAGGGGGGAGGGGCCCCCCCAGGCCCCCCCCCGCCCCUCCCCCACCCCCAACGCCGCCGGAGGGGCCGAGGGCGGGGGAGGGGCCGCCCCUACAGUUUCCACGACGAUCGUUGGGAGCCGCAGCCGGAGCCGCCCCCGGACCCCGAAACCCCUCAGGUCCCGGGGAAGGUUCCGGAAGCUCCCGGAUCCCCGGGGGACUCCGACCAGUGGGAGGAUCUGAGCGACGAUGAUGAGGACGGACAGGAGGGGCCCAGUUCGGACCAGUCCGGACCAGUAACUCCCAGUUUGGACCAGUCCAAACCAGUAACGCCCAGUGCAGACCAGUCCAAACCAGUAACG